CUUUGCGUCACACAACAUUUUCCCAGCGAGCAUCUGGACUUCAACGUUUUCGCCUUGCACAUGGAACCCACAUGGAACGAUUCGCAAAAAGCAAAGGCCAGCAACAGAAUGCGUCCAGCGAACAACCACUGAAUUUGUCUGUCCCAGUCACUCCCAACUUCCCUUUGGCGCACGACUGACGGCCACCCCUGUCGCCUCACCAUGGUCAGCCAGGGCUCCAAUCCAUAUGCCAAAGCGCUGGAGCCAGCCAUUUCCAGACGGGUGUCUCGCCUAGCGUGGCUUCCAUUCGUGACCAUCCACAUCCUCACGAUCAUAUGGUCCCUGUCUCUUGGGGACUUCCUUGGCUUUGGUUUCAUCACCAAGAUCUUCAACCCGACGACAUGGCUCGCUAGCUUUUUGUCGUUUUUACCGGUUGCAGCAAUACUUGUGGCACGGGCUAGCCGACUUCAAGUUCAGCGUCGCGUCGCGAGCAGUCGGUUGUUGGAAGCGGUUUCUUUCCUGGACCGCCAUGUCAUAGUCUCCGUCGGUCUACACGCAUUGUCGGCGCUUUCGCUCGGUAUAUCAUACGCAUUGCUAAACGACCGACAGCUGGAGACUUCCCUACUGCUGUAUCCGCAAGGACACCUCCUGCCGCCACAGCUCAACGACAACAAUGUGUUUCUCGUGGGGUUCUGCAUAUUUGCCGGCAGCGCAUACGCAUUAGUUCGACGGUGGACCGAGCGGGAUCAACUGUCGUUUCCGAGUCUUCAAACAGGGUUGCAGAGGCGUCUGAAGAUGGAGGUUGCGACCGGCUUUCAGCUUGCCAUUCUGUCUAGCGCGAGGAUUGCUUUGGAAUACGCAGUUCUGUACUGGUUGGGAGGAUCCACAGCGUAUAACUCGGUGUCCGCGGUAGUGCAAGUCUUUACUCCCGACGGAUUGGCGAGAUACGACAGCUAUCGGCCCAAAGCAUUCAACCCCCGGCGACUUGUGCAUACGUUUCUCUCGGCAUUUUUGAUGACUUCUUGUUGGGAGCUGAGUCAUCGCUGGUUUGAGAUUGCUUUCACGGCGCCCAUCGAAGACGAUGCGGACGUUCCCAUUGGUACACUUGUGACUGGCCUGGCACUUCCAAAUGAUGUCUAUCAGAAGUGUCUGGCAUAUCGCCACUUGAAGCGCAUCACCAGCAUAGAUAGAAUACGGCGAGCGCAGAUUUACACGGAAGGCGUCGACUCGGAGCGAUCAGCAUGGGAUUGCGUGUCCGCGGAGUGCUUGGCGACGAUCGAUCGGUUGAGUCAGGCGAUAGAAAACGAGCAGCGAAAGGCCACCGCGAUGAAAAGCAAAGCGCAAGCAGCCAAGACAGAUUCGCAACACAAGGCAGCAUCCGCGAUUUUACUCAAACCGAAAGCACCCAAAACGGAUCUCUUCGGCAAAUUCACAGAUACGGCAAAGAGGCUAUUAUACCCACCAGACAGCCCGUCCCGCGGGAAAAGCGGGGACGACCAGACAGAGCCCGAGAUUCCCUCCGAAAUCAAAACGACGGGCUGGACAACGGAUCCUCAACGCGAUGAGGUGCCCCUUUUGCUUCGGAGACGUGGGAACGGUGCGAAUGCUGCGCCUGCUGCUCGACGCAGCGGUCCGAUCGAGGCCGCCGGCAGCAAAGCGAAAGUGGUGGUAGAACAUCCGAAGAUGUAUAAAUCGCCGGGGCAGCAGACGCUGGAGCUGAUGCGGACGGUGGUGGAGAGGUGGGCGGUCGGGAGGUGGUUGGUUGCUGAGACGGUGACGAGGCAGUCGAAAAAUCUGUUCAAGGAUGCGCAAAUACAGAUUUGGGCCAUCCAAAGCAUAUCUGCUCUCGUCACCUCUGCUGCAACCAAUCCGGAAGAAGACAAGUUUGGACGUGUUUCUCAGGAUUUGAGAAACAUCAUCCAAACCCUUCUGCGUUGCCAGUUUGCUCUUGAGGACAGAUUACGACAACCGCCCAUCACACUGGACACCGACCCCACAUUAGCGAGAGAGGUGUUGGCUAACCAGGUCAUCGUCAGGGAGGCGUAUAUAUUAUUGCAAGUGGUCCAAAACUCCCUUUACCGAAUCGUCAGGAGCUGGUACGAGCAACUGGGCACCAGCGGACAUAUCGUGCUCGAACCCGCGUAUGCUGAGAAGUUCCAGCGGUACCUCGACUUUAGGGAGUAAACGACGUAGGAGGAGGGU